ACUAACGGGAGUGUCCAGUUUCAGGAGUGUCGCAGUUUGCCAUCGAGCAACUUCCGAAUUCGUCCUCGUUCGGCAAGGCGAGAGCAACCAUGGCGCAGGCACUCAAAGGAAGAUUUGACAAGUUCCUCCACGAGAAGAACCUCGCGACUGACGUCCUCGCUAAAGUCGAAGCAAAGACCGGGGUGAGCAGGACGUAUAUCGCUCUCGCUAUCGUCGGCAUCGUGGCUGUGUACUUGGUGAUUGGCUACGGAGCCUCCUUGCUGUGUAACCUCAUCGGCUUUCUUUACCCCGCCUACAUCUCCAUCAAGGCCAUAGAAAGUGCGACCAAAGAAGAUGAUACAAAAUGGCUGACUUACUGGGUGGUGUAUGGACUCUUCAGUGUGGCUGAGUUCUUUGCAGACAUCUUCCUCUCCUGGUUCCCAUUUUACUACAUUGGAAAGUGUGCCUUCCUGGUCUGGUGCAUGGCUCCAACUCCUUCCAACGGCUCGGUCCAGAUUUACAAUCGCAUCAUCCGCCCGUUUUUCCUCAAGAAUGAAGCCAAGAUUGAUGACGCCGUCAAGAACAUAAAGGAUAAGGCAUCAGAAGCUGCUGACAAGUUCAAAGAUGAGGCCAAAAGAGCAACAGCGAACAUCAUGUUUGAGGAGAAGAAGAGCACCUAAUCAGGACCGCCUCUGCAGCUGUUCCGACGAAAAUAAUGUUGCCUUGUUGUAUUUAAUGGAUUAUCUGUCUGAAAUGUAAUGUCAAAGCUAUUUCCCUGGUCAGUUUACUUGUUUGACAGGUGACCGUACAUUGGCCCUGAUCCACUGAAUGAACCGAAUAAACAUCUAACUGGAA